AUGUUGCAAAAUAUGCACCCGGUUCUGAAGAUGGCGGAAGAAGAGAGCGACGAUGAGAUCGAGCUCAUUGAGGCGCACGACAAAGAUGGCCAGAAACUGGAACUCGUCAAUCUACGAAACUCACCUGGAAUUGGGGGGGCUUCAAAACCCAAAAUCCCAACGGCAAAUGGGGGGACUAUGGGGCGCGGGGCCCCGGCAAAGGGGGGCCCAAAGCAGAAAAUGGUCACGUGCGGGGGGGGACGAGGGAGCGGGAAGAAAGUGGUUUCAAGGGGGUGGCUGGGAGGCCCCACCCGAAACCUGAAGCCGGCAGCCCCCCUAAAGAAGCUGAACACGACAACAGCGGUGCAGAAACUAGGGCAGGGGGGGUUGGGUGGGCCACCGCAGGAGAAGAAGGGCCCCCCCAAAGCAGUAGAGAACGAUGGAGAGGGGUCCAGGGGGGAUCCUGCCGGGGGGCCUUCCGCAUUAGUGCCUGAAGCAGAAGCAAAAGCGCCGGAAAGGCCAGCGCCAGCUGGCGGCAAGAAAAAGGUUGGAAGACCUAAGAAGAAGGCUUUGGUGGGCUCGUCCUUGCCGAUGGGGGGUAUCGGGAAGGAAGCGGACCCACUUGACAUGGUCUCUGGGGCGUCUCCAUCGGUGAAAGCCACAAAGAAGGUGGAGAUGCCUGCGAAGGCGUCAGGUGUGGGUGGGGCGAAAAGGGAGCCCAGUCCGAAGAAGAAGAAGCGGGGCCGUCCGUCAAAGUCAGCCGCUGCCAAAAGGAACGCAGUGCCGUUGGAAGCGCCCCCCAGGUGGGUCAUGGCUGGGGAAAGCGAGGAUGGAGACACCAUAUGGAAGUUAGCAUCGCCCGAGAAGAACGAAGGCGCUUCAAACCAGCUGGAAAAUGAGGGGGGCGGGAAAGGGACAGGAACAGCUGGUCACGGCCGGGCAGCAGCUGCUGCGUUGGGGAAAAGCGUUGGCCAGGACGGGCCAACAGCUGGCAGGGGUGCAGUGACAGCUGGCGGGGUCGCGAUUACAGCUGGCGGUGGAGUGGUGACAGCUGGCGCAGGCAUUGGCAUUGGAGGUAUGCGAGUGGAAAAAGGUUUGGAGCCCGAAGCGAACGGGGUGGGUUCGAUUGGGAAGGGGCAAGCAAGGCAGGCCGGCAAGAGAAAGCUGGAUCGGACGACGAGCGGUGAGUCAAUCGAGGAUGUGCCCCUGGCCAAGAUCGGAAAGGUGGGCAAGCACAAGGCAAAAGCGCCCCUGAAGGCGCUGGGAGGGGAAGAGGCAAGGGUCGAUAAUGUGAUGGAGAAAGGUGGGCCGUCGGAGAGGAGUGGAAAAGCGGGAAUUGACGGCAAAGGCGUGGGAGAAGUGCAUGAAAAGGUGGCUGUCGGGGCUGUGGGAGAGGGUGGGGUCUCGGGGUCGGCGCAAGUGCCCCUUGGACAGUUUCUAGCUCAACUGACGAAGGGCCAAUUGGAGAACGAGAGGGGCGGAGGUGCUUCGGUUUCCUGGGGUGAGGCGGUUCCAGCCCAACAGGAUCCUCACCAGUUCAAAGCGCCGUUAGGAUUUAUGACGCUGCCCGCCAAGAGGAGCUUUCCCGGGGGGGUUCCUAGCGGGCCGGUCGACAAGAAACCGAAGCUGGCCGGGGGCAGACGUGCGCUUGUGCUGCGCGCAAAGGUAGAAGCGAGGAGCGGAGCAGUGGGGCUGGGCGAACCGGAAAAAGGUCCGUCAUCCAAGGGGGGUCUGGCAAGCGAGAAGGCGGCACAGGUAGGACGCGAAGCGGAAGUUCUUGGAAGGAAAGAGGGUUCGCCAGCUGGCAAAAAGGGGUCCGAUGGGCAGGGUGUAAACUCGGAGGAAAGGGCUGUAAAGACGGGGGAGAGAAACCGGGGCGAAAUGGGAAGUCAGCGUCGCCGCUAAAGGACGCAGUGUCGUUGAGUAAAAGCCAGCCACGUGUCAGAAGUCCUCAGCGUGAGGGAAUGGCUGGCCAAGCAGGUCGGUCAACAAACACGCCAUUAAAAGGCGGAAAAGAACGAGGGGCGGAAAGCGGGGGCGGCG